AUGGCGAAGAAGAAAGCAGCAAAAGCUCGCUUGAGCGAUACGAGCGAUGAGAGCGAAGUGGAUGGCAGCGUACCAAAUAUCGACGAUCUCGCUACUUUCAUCGAGGCCUACAAGCAGCUACAAACCAACAACACAAACUUACGCAACAAACUCGCAGAGCGCAAACGCGAACAUGACCAAACUAAAGUUCAACUCGAAAAGGCGGCACAUGCCAAAUACGCUGCUGAGUUCGAGGCAAUGCGAGAGGAGAUGAGCGUUAUGCGGCAAGACAAAGCGGGCUGGAUAGAAUCUAUCGAAGAUCUGGAGUCUGAAGCAUUGACUGCCAAAGACAAGGUUGCAACUCUUGUGGCUGAGAAAUCGAAGCUUCAGCGUUCGGUGGUAGAACUCCAUGGAGCCAUGGCAGGAUUGUACCAGACGAUCGAGGAAGGCAACAAGCGCUUUAAUGAAGUCAAGGAGCGAGUGAAGGCCUUUGCGACCGAGCUCUAG